UAAUUCGUUUUCCGCUCCUUCCCCUCCCUCCUGUCUGCACUCCAUUCGCCCUGGUCCCAACCCAAUCGCACGCGACACCAAACCCUCUCUCUCACCCAGCGACCACGCAGAAUGGACUACCAACAACAGCCUCACCACUACAUGCGUCCUCCGCCGCCGCCGUCCACGGCGGAUCCCUACCACCACCACCAACAGCAACAACUCGGGCAGCCGCCCGUCCCUCCGCCGCCUGCCCCCUGGUACCCCGCCCAACAAUUUCAGUACCACCAACCUCCCUCGCAGCAGCACUCUCCGCCCCCUCCACCACCCCACCACCCGCAGUGGGCCCCGCCUCCUCCGUAUCCUGCGCCUCCUCCUUACCAUGCGCACCCCCUCCACGACCAGUACCAACAACAUCCUCCCCCGUACCAUGCUAAUCCUCAGAUUCCACAAUCGUAUCCUCAGGAUUGGGGCAAUGCAAAUUGGGGCCAUCAUCAAGGUUGGGAGUACCCAGUCCAUCAAAAUGAAGAAGAUUGGGCCGCCAAGGCCAGAGCUUGGGCUGCAGCCAAUGCUACAACUGAUUAUCAGCAUUCACAGUCACAGAAUUAUCAGGAUCAGUAUCCACAAACUUCUGAUCCUCACUAUCCUGAUGUUCUUCAACCGUCAAAUCAAGCAUCGAGUUAUCAACAGUAUCCACCUCCAGCUGCACCCUCACACAGGCCACAUAUGGCUCAUUUGCAGGAGUCUGCAUCCAUCAGUGCUGGACAAUCUUCUUUUGUUCCGGAAAAUUAUUUAUCUUACAGUGCUAGAGAUGGAAAUUUGGCAGGAAAUUCAAAUGCUGUAUUUCCUCCUCAAAAAAGUUCACCUACAAGCUCAUCGGUUCAUCUGCAGGAGGUACCUUCUAGUUAUUCUUCUGUUACAGGUAUAAAAGAGGCUGGAGAUCAGAAUGAACAGUUCUACAGGUCUUUUCCUUUGCCCGUUGAUUCGAAUCAAGCUCCGCACCAUGUAAAUCCGCCGCUGCCUGCCAUUGGUAGAUCCAUUUCAAUUGAACAACCCCAUUAUGCAGUUGGCAGCCAGUCAACCGAGGCCUCAACUGAUCUUAGUGACCAGCCUUUAGUUUUUUCACAUGGGUUUAAUCAUAAUCGUGAUCCACGUACUCAACCAAGCUACAUUCAUACUGAUUCAGGGGCUGCUACUUCUAGCCAUUCUUGGAUUACCCCAGCUGUGCCUGGCACUGUUUUUCCUCCAAUUCCCCCGCAUGAUCCUCCGAUACCAUCUUCAGUUCCUGGACAUUCUGCAGCGCUGUUUGGAAGGAUGCCGGGACAAAGCUUCCAGCCUACGGUUCCUUCUGUUGGCACACCCUUUGGCAUUGGCGCAGGUAGUGGACACCAUCCAACAACAGUCUUUACUCCUGAUGUUUAUGGGGUUCCUGAACGCCCUAAAAAGGCUUCAGUACCUAACUGGCUUAGAGAGGAAAUAAUUAAGAAUAAAUCUGCAAUUACGACGUCUUCGUUAGAGCACCCAAAGGAGGAAACUGAAUCCAUUGAAGAUGAAGCUGUUGAUAAAUCUCUUGGGAAGGCUGAUCAGGCAGAUAGCAAAAGCAUUGACUCUUCUAAAUCGACUGAAGAAGAGGAUGAUGAUGAGGAUGACGUGGAAGCAGCUAGAACAGUUGCAAUAAACCAGGAAAUAAAGCGUAUUCUUACAGAAGUUCUCCUGAAGGUCACUGAUGAACUUUUUGAUGAAAUUGCAACAAAAGUUUUGAAUGAAGAUGAUCUCACUGUUGAAAUUGACCAAAAUGUGGUUGGUCCAAAUCCUAAACUAUCCCCAUCUGCUUCAGCAUUUCCAACUCCCAAGGCUUCUGCAAAGGUUUUAGUUCCAGCCAAGGCUGAGGGACCUGAAAAUGAAGAUGGUAAUGGAAAGUCUACAUCUAUGUCUCCUGGAGAUGUGUUGGGUCUUGGUAGUUAUGCCUCUGAUGACGAUGAGGAUGACAAUAAUACUGUUCACCCGCAGCCAAGUACUAGAAAGCUUUCAGAAGAGAAACAUUUAGUUGAAAAUGGCAGGUCACAGGAAGAAACUGAAGGCCGUAAAGAUCUGAGAAAAGAGGAGGGUGGAACUAUCAAAUUGGCUCCUAAUGGGCACACAAUUAGUAAUGGUGAUAGUGUUAAUGAGCUGAGUGAGAAGAGAACAAGUAGAAUGUCACCUGACGGUAAUAUUGGCUCCAGAUAUACGUCUAGGACAGUCGUCGGAGCUGAAGAAGAUGAGGAUAACUUUCGCAGGGAUAAAAGGCUGGAGAGCGGUGAUGCCUCCAGGACAGAUCAUGUUAUUGGGGAAAAGGCUGUGAUAACUGAAUCGCCACUUGAUAAUACGAAUUCCAAAAAGCAAGUUAUGGAUGAAGCUCGUGGUAAAGAAACCAGAAAUAAACAAGAUAAAGAUGAUACGCAUGGUCAAGUCAAAAGGAGUUCUUAUGGAAAAGAUAUUGUCAAGGAAGCAGCUAGUGGUAAGGGUAGAACAGAUGAGAGGGAAGAUGAGAGACGUAGAAGGCAGGAUGAGAGGCAUAUGAAAAGGGAAAGGGAAAGGACAGACGAUAGGAAUGGUUCAAAAGAGAAAAUGAAAGAGCAGGGUGGUAACUCGCGGGAGAAAGCAAAGGAAUCGGAUUCAAGGAAAAGGUCUAUUCAUCCUGAUGUUAAGGAGGAUAGGAAGGAAAAAGAGAGGGACAGAAGAGCUAAUGCUGAAGAUGAUGGUGAUAGAAGAAGAGAACUCACAAAGGAUGAGAAGGGAGAAAGAUCAAGACACAGGCUUGCUAGUGAAUCAAGUAGACAUAAGAGGCGUCGUUCUUCUUCAGUUGGCAGUAGAGGUAAAAGCAGCAAGGACAAUUCAGUGGUUAGUCAUGCCAAUGACUCUAGUGAGGAAUUGUCGGAUGAUUCUAAAAGGAAGCUGCAUUCGAAAAGGCGCAACUUAUCACCAUCACCUAACAGGUCUAGGAGAAGACAAGAUUCGCGGUCUCCACAUAGCAAGCAUUCUCAGCGCAGGCAUUCUCCCUACUCUUCUCUUGAGACUACAAGGAGGAGGAGAUCAAGGUCCAGGUCACCUGUUCGUCGACAAAGAUGAUUGGGAAGGACGUAGUCUACAAAUGCUUCACAUUGGUGCGGGAAACUUCAGUUUGAAGACAUAAUUUGCUCCACAAACUGAGAUCUAUCAUACAUCAAGGAUGCAAAGACACAGGUUUUGCGUGACAGGGUAUUCCAAGUUGUUGUCGUUGAGGGGAAUAGAAGAGGUCCUAUGUCAUCUAUGUAUGCAUGGGUAAGAAGCUUGGGUUCGACAUUAUGAUGCAUAGUGUUGGUUCUACAUUGACAUUAUGAUGCAUAAUCUUCGACAUGGUUGUAUCAUGUAUGUCUUCACUCACAUAUUGGAUGGAAAACUGUAUAUUUUUUGUUUUGUGGGAUCAGGGUUGCAUGUCUAUUUUCCGUUUUCACUGUUAUAUAGAUAGGUGGAUUGGAUAUGUUUUCAUCAGCAGUUGUUUCAUAGUUUUGGUUCGCAUCUACCUGUAUCAAGCACUGAGUGAAUUACAAAUCUGAGAUUUGUUUCGCAUCCUUAUGGGCCAUAUGGAGUUUGUUUCA